AUGCGGGCCAUCAAGUAUCCUGUUAGAAUCAACCUAAUACCCCUUAUCGACCAUGUCAAUGUUGCCUGUGGGUUCCACGUUGGUGACCUGUUGAUUAUGCAGCAGACUGUCCUGACCUGCAAAAAAAUAACAUCGCCCCAACGCGAGAUCAAGAUGACACCUGAAGAAUUAACCGCCGCAGUUCGGUACCAGGUUGGGGAUCUGGAGGCAUUCUGGGACACUGAGGGUAUGCCGCUACACCACGUUAAGCAUCACAGAACACUAUACAUCAUGAUGUACAGAAACAAGAAUAUUUGCAGGGCUGUAUAUCAGGAGGAAGUUGCGAAGGAGUUAGGCUUGCCUUUCACGGCGGAGAUCUACAGCGAUGUGAAGUAUAACGCUGACAAGACCCUGGUUAUUGACCGGCAGAAGAAGCUAUGGCAACCAAACGAUAUAAAGAAGCACGUGCGAGCCCAGAUCGAGAAUGCGUCCGUCACUGCCGUCACUGGUGAAGAGUUUCAGCUACCACUAGGCGAUUAUCCUAUCUCGCUUUGUUGCCAUUCCGACUCCCCCGGUGCAGUAGCAAUCGUCACAGCAGCACGGGAGAUUGUCGAUGAAUUCAACACCAAGUACUUCCUAAAAUCCACUCCCGCCUUUUCUCAAAACCAGAGCGGACUUGGUCUUAUUCACUUCUCCUUUACUACUCACGCUUUCUCGACAGCGUAGGCAGAUUCGUCCAUUCUCCUCUCUUGUCCCGAGUCUCAUCGUUUACACAACCACUCUCUUCUGGCUUUUCAUUUGACUCGGCCUUGAAUCGCUGAAUACUGCUGCGCUUGUGUUCUGGUUUUCGAGCUCCUGUUGCUCACUAAUCUCCAUAUUUCAGGGCGAGGAGCCAGGAGCGGACUAGAGCGCUGGAAACUGGAUUCGAAGGUAGAUAUGUUUCCACCCUAAAUUGG